GAAAAAAGUCAAACUUAAUCUUGUUACUUCAACAGCUCCUCCCCCACCCUGUCUUAUCCCAGAAGCUCAAUCAACACUCCAGGAGGUAAAUCUUACUCAGUGCGACUGUAAGGUCUUUCACUCAGAAAUCUGGACUAACCAGGAUAAUCCUCAACCUAAGCGCCAGAGGCUGUAGUCAUUUAGCAGCACAGAAUUACACAUGGACCGAUUUCUUAAAAGAAGCAUUUCCUAUUCUCAAAAAUUGACAGGAAUUUCAAUAUCGUCAAUUCUAUCAUAUCACCUGGCUACACUUUUUUCUUCACUUUGGAUUACUUUUUGACUCUGCUAGAGAACAGGACAGGGGAAAAAAAAUCCCCCUGGUGGAUUUUUUUUUUUUUUUUUUGCAUGCUACAAUUGGAUUUGUUGUCCACGUCAAAACACAGGAUAAUGAAAUCUACAUGUCUGAGUGAGGAACUACUGAGAUAAGUUACGGCACUCCCUCUGGGGACUUUUGCUUAACGGCAGUGCUGUAAUGGGAUAAGUUGUUGGAGGAACUGCAGGUUUUAAGCUAGAAAGUCGCAACGCUUUAUUUUCAUUGUGCAGAGUUUGAAUGCAGAGAAAAGGAAGAGAUUGACUGGACGGUUUUGGUGGAGAGCUUUUUGGAGAGCAUGUGAUUGUCACACAUACAUCAUCCAGUCAGAGGCUAAAUGAGUCAGAGAGGAAGAAGUCACAGAGGUUGGCAAACAAACAGCCUUUCAACCAAACCACAGUAGAGCUGAGACAUGAUAGCGUCUCUUAGUGCCUACCAGCUCUGUCAUGUUGUUCUGCUCUCACCAAGUGGCUCAGAUCUCAAAGGCUGACCAGCAGUGAACAGGUGUAAGGGGGAGGGGCUGUGCAGAGAGAGGAACACAGGAGAGGAGGGAAGUUAUUUAGCUAGAGCUGUUCGCCUGUGGUUGAUGUAAGCCCUCCCCUAUGACAUACAUCCCUAUUUUCUUGGCCAGCUACCUAUAUGAUACAGGAACUGCGUUGGCAUGUUUACACACUGCUGAAAAUACCUGGAAGCGACAACUUAUCCUGAGGAGCAGCAAUGUCUUUCCAGAUGCAAUCGAUUAUUCCUGUACUUGCCCAGGAAGCAGACUUGGCCCUCUUUCGCUGUGAGGAUGGCGUGGAGACUGCACUGCAGUACGCCAAGAUGUGGUGCCGCUAUGCCAAGGACCUCCUUGCCUGGAUGGAGAAGAGAAUCAGCCUGGAGCAAGAAUUUGCAAAAAAUGUGAUGAAGGCAGCAGAAGGAGCAAAAGUCAGCGUGACGCAACAGGAAAUGAUGCCACUACAGUAUAUCUACACCAUGACUUUGGAACAAGAUAUAAAGAAUAGUUUGACCUCYAGAAGGACUUCAGAAAUCCUGCAAAACCGGUGUUACCAGGCUUUGGCUGACAAGAGGACUGAGAUCGAUAAGUGGCGGAGAGAGUUUAAAGAUCAGUGGGCAAGGGCGCAAAGGAAGAUGAGUGAUGCARUCACGGCUCUCAAAAAGGCCAAGCAUCAAUACUUCCAACGCUGUGAUGAGCUGGAAAAGGCAAAGGCGAGCUCAGCGAAAGCGGUGGAUGACACAGUUGGAGUAAAAACACUCGACAAGAGAAGGAAGUCCAAGGAUGAAGCGCAGUCAAAAGUAUUAGAGGCAGAACUUCUCUACAGACAGUGUGUGACUGAYGCCAAGUUAACCCAAGAUGAAUUAGUGAAGUCCAAAGAAAGAACCAUUUCUCACAUCCGCAAGCUCAUCUGUCAGGGAGACAAUUUGCUCAAGGAGGUCACAGUCAAUAUGUUCUACUACCAGCGCCAGCAAACAGAGUCCGUGCCUCUUGGGUAUCAAAACCUUGAGUUGACUUGCAGGAAUGUGGAGCCUGGCGAACCCUAUCUGCUUUACAUCCUCAGCAGGCGACGGCCUGAGCAAACUCUCCAAACCUUCAGCUUUCAAGACUACACUCCUCAGGGUAAAAGCAACAGAAGAAAACCCAGCAACAUUCUCAGCCCUCUGCAGGACUCGGUACCCACAAUAGAGGAUAGUCCUUAUAARCGAUCCACUGAUGGCAGGAGAACGGGGCACAGUGACAGUGAGAGUAUUGGAGGCAGUUUGGAAUCCCUCUCAAGCCCUGCUCAUAGAAGACUGCCCAAAACAGGAUCUACUUUGACAGUGUCAUCGGACGACCUGGAAGUAUCAGACAUGGUGUCAGAAUCAGACUAUGCUGAUGGCCAGUCUGUGAAAACACGAAUGUUUUCUCGAGCUGCUCUGACACAUCGGCUCAGAAAAAUGAAGAGCAAGAUGGCUAAAUGCAAACAGUGUGAYAACUACAUUGUUGUCAGUGGGGUUGAAUGUGAGGAGUGUGGGCUGGCUUUCCACAGAAAGUGCAUGGAAGUGUGUCAGCUAGAGUGUGAGCAGAAGAAGGGCACCGUAUUUGGAGUGGACCUCUCUGUGAUUUUACAAGACAGGCCGGAUGAGGUGCCAUUUGUUGUUCGAUGCUGCACAAAUGAGAUUGAAAGUCGUGCUCUUUCAAUUCAGGGGGUGUAUCGUGUGAGUGGAUCCAAACCUCGUAUUCAGAAGCUCUGCCAGACAUUUGAGACACAAAAGGACCAGGUUGACCUCUCUGAUCACUCGCCACAUGACAUCACAUCUAUCCUAAAGCACUUCUUCAAGGAGCUUCCAGAGCCUCUGUUAACCUUUGACCUGUACAAUGAAUUCAUCGGGUUGGGAAAGACCAUUCAGCAUCUGAGUGAAAARGAAACCUCACCAGAGCCCAACGAGAUACUGGACAUUAUUCACAAACUACAAAAGCUACUGAAGAAGCUCCCUUCACAUUACUACUCAACUUUGCAGUACCUUAUUUCUCAUCUGCAAAGAGUUUCAGAGAACUACGACAACAAGAUGUCACCUAGCAAUCUAGGUAUUGUGUUUGGACCGACGUUAUUGCGCCCUCUAGUGUCUACGGACAUGUCGAUGAUUGCCCUUCUGGAGACGAGCUACCAGUCGAUGCUUGUGGAGUUCCUCAUUGCACAUCACGACAGGAUYUUUGGCAUGGAGCAGAGCACRAACACCCCCCCUCCGCCAGCCCCCACAGUGCCUCUCCCAGAAACCCCACCCAGAGCUUCCUGUCCCCUGGAUGGAGUCGAUGCAGACUUGGAACUUKACACUUCCUCCAAAGAGCGUCCACAGUCCCUAGAGAGCCGAGUUAUCAAGAGAGACUCGAGCGAGGGUUAUAUAUCUGACAAGUCUUCAUCCAAUGAGGCAGUGGACCAGCUCGGCCCUGAAGCCAGUGAGAGCGCAGUCCUGGCUAUGAAAGCAACAUCAAGCAAUCCUCGAGGCAAAGCUGCAGAAAAAUCUUCCUCGGAUUCAGGCACACAACCACAUUAUCGUUUUACUAGACAGCCUGUGAAGCAUCACCGGUUUCAAAACGUAGGAACCCGAUUCUCUAACCCAGACUGUGCAACGAAACAGCCAGCGACUCCCAAAAGGGUAAAUUAUCGUAGUGCAAACAACAGCCGCAGCUCCUCUCCAGACCCUGGAUCGCAGAGAUUUCUGCAAAACUUAGAGGGCCACUGUGAUAUCAUCCAGCAACCCCACCGGGUCACCACUACAGCAGAGGGUACGGUCAACGUUCCACUGAGUCCCCGAGAGGUUGUGCAGUACAUGCUGGGAGUGGAUUCCACGGUAACAUCACCAGGAGCUGCAUUAUCAUCCAGUACAACAGAGAGGCCCACUCAAGACACGACAAGAUGGAGUCGAGCUGAUCACAAUGUAAAUUUGAACAGUGYUGGACAGAACCGCAUYYACCAUCCGUGUCCGAGGACCAGCUCUGCUGAGCACAGCCUGACCUCGCCAGCCCAGAAGAUCCUGUCUAGUUUGAAGCUGAGACGCAGCCACUCAGAGAAGGAGGAGCAGCUCUUUGUUUGAAGGUGACAUUUUUAGACAACAUAACAAUUUACAUACACUGAAGAACUGCGAUUAUUUUACACUGUGUGUAAAAAAAGACAACAAAAAAAACAACAGUGACUAAAACAGUAAAAAGUGACUACAUCCAUGUAGUAUUUUUUUUAUAUCAUCUUCUACUGUAUUUUAUUCACUUUGAUUUCCCCUACGUUAGCAUGUUUGAAUUGUUAAAAAAAAAAAAAAAAAGCUAAGCUUUUAGAAAAGUUGAUGAUUACAAACUCGCCUGAAAUAAAUUAUUGGUGAUGCUUAGUCAGAGACAGUACCUUUAAAUCUUCUUCUUUAACUGUCAACCUUUCAGCAGAAAAAUGCAAYAACCAGGAAGUACAGAAACAUAUUUGUUUUGUUUUGUUUUUUGUUUUUUUUUUUCAUUUUAAGUAUUCAGUAUUUGAAUGUAACAUGCAGGUGCUUGCAAUUAAAAAAAAUACAAAUCAGCAUGAAAGCAUCAUGUUUUGUCAUGUGAAGAUUGUAAAUGUUUGGUUUUCUAUUUGUUUUCUAUUCAGUUUUUUAGUCUCCAGAGUAAUAAUGUACGUAACUAAACAUAGCYUUUAUCAAUAGUGUCAUAUUUGUAAUUAUUAUUAUUGUCCCUGUUUUGGUUUAUGAUCAAUGCACCUUUCUUCUUUAGACACAAGAGGGCGAUAGUUCGGUGCAGGACAAAACCAUGUUUUUAAAAAAAUAACAGUAAGAGCAAUAAAACAUUUUACCAUUUGUA